GAUAGUCUCAGUGUGCGGACUCCGAAAGUCGGGAGACAGUCCAACCACCCAGAUCCGCCUCUCAAAUCGCCGCUCUCCGCUCGCCGGGCUGCCAGCUUCCGGCGGCACGGAAAGAGAUCGCCGCUGCGUUUGCUCCUGCGUCUCUCUAGUUGAGGCGAGGGGAAAAUCCGGAGACCGCAGCGAGGAGGUUGAGGAUUCCUCAUUCCGCGAGGAGAAGAGGAGGAAAUGGGGAAGAGAGCCAAGUGGUUCGGUGCUGUGAAGAAGGUCUUCGGCCACAAAUCGGAUGAUAAGAGAGAAAAAUCAAAAAAGACAUUCGGAUCCGGGACAUCCCCACUCCGGGAGGUGUCUGCUGCUGGGACUGUGGAGGUUGCUGGUCGCGAGGUAGUUCCCUCGUUGCUGCAGCAUCCGGAUGAGGAUAAAGUGGUGGAUGUUGAGAUUGAGGAAAGAAACUGUGCUAACUCUCUGCCGCUCACUGCUCUUGAUCCUCCGGAACCUGCAGUUACUAACGCAAGAGAUGCCACCCACGUCACAGCUUCUACAAAGUUCCCCGGCAAGACCAGAGAAGAGAUCGCUGCAGUCAAGAUCCAGACUGCUUUCCGGGGUCACCUGGCAAGGAGAGCUUUACGGGCCUUGAAAGGAUUGGUUCGGCUUAAGUCACUGAUUGAUGGUAACUCUGUUAAGCGCCAAUCAACAACCACAUUAAAGUGCAUGCAGACACUAGCUAGGGUUCAAUCGCAGAUUCGGGCAAGGAGAAUUAGGAUGCUUGAGGAAAACCAGGCUCUUCAAAGGCAAAUGCUACUUAAACAUGAAAGAGAGCUUGAAAGUUUGAAGAUGGGAGAAGAAUGGGAUGACAGUCUGCAAACAAAGGAGCAAAUUGAAGCAAGCUUAUUGAGCAAGCAAGAAGCGGCAAUAAGAAGAGAAAGAGGACUAGCUUAUGCAUUUUCUCAUCAGUGGAAGAGCUCCACAAAAUCUGUGAAUCCAAUGUUUAUGGAUCCCAACAAUCUACAAUGGGGCUGGAGCUGGUUGGAGCGCUGGAUGGCAGCAAGGUCUUGGGAGACUAAUAGCAAAACUGAAAGAGAAUUACCGGACGACCAUGCUUCUGUAAAGAGCAGCAUUCAGAGUGAUGGAGGUGGAGAGAUCUUAAGAGCUUUUGCUAAUAGGAAUACAAAUUCAGAUAAGCCAUCCCCAGCAGCAGUUCAGAAACCAAAUCAACCUGCAAACCGUCAGUCCCCAGCAACCCCACCUGUUAGGCCCCCUUGGUCACUGGGGAAGAGUAAAUCCGCAAGCCCAAAACCGGUUUGGAUCUCAACGGAAGAUGACUCGAGGAGCAUGAUUAGCAUGCAGUCGGAGAGAUCUCGGAGGCACAGCUUGGCAGCUGCAUCUGUAAGGGAUGAUGAGAGCCUUUCUGGUUCAACAACCGUGCCAAGCUACAUGACACCCACAGAAUCUGCAAGAGCAAAGUCCCGCUUCCAAUCCCUUUCCAACAACAACAUUGAUCCUGCAGAUAUAUCUUCUGCAAAGAAGAGAUUGUCAUUCCCCACAGGAGAAAAAUUUGCUCCAACAUCUGCUGUAAUGAGGAGAAACUCAGGUCCUCCCAAAGUGGAAAUGGCAUCUAUGAAGGAUGUAGAGAUCCAGUCUUGAUCAUUAUGAAAGUCCAAAGGUAAAGCAGGCAACUCCAUCGCAGCUUAAGAUGAUAUGAUAUAUAUAAUGAUGAUAUAUAAAUGGAGAACCGAUGUGGUUUGUCAAUUUAAUUAUCUGCUACUUCGUUUCUUUUAAGACCUCUCAGUGAUUGAUAAAUAAAUUGACGGAUUGAUUUGUUUA